AUGAAAGCGGCGAAUGAACCUGAGGUUACUCAACUCCUCCGACUCCUCGAUGUGGAAUUGAUCAAAGAAGAAGUGGAAUCCCUCCGCCCAGGCUAUAAAGUAACCAAAAUCCUCAAGAACCCCGAUAGCAUGGAUAAUAUCAACGAAUGGAAAGCACUUUAUAAAGGUGGUAUUGCCGUGCCGUACUCCAUUAUGAGACCUGAAGAUAGUAAACUCCACCCCAAGUUGAUGUAUAGUUAUCAAACUUUCAUCGAAGGUCCCCCAUGGCAAGAUUUCCCCUCCUCCAAACCUCGCGAUCAGCUAUUAAGCCCUUCUACCAAGAGGCACAUCGAAAGUAUCGCCAAGUGGUUUAUAUCCAUGGAAAAAGUCAAAUUUGAUAAAAUCGGAAGUCCAACAUUCACCCUAGAGUCAAGAGAAGAAGUUGUUAUUGGUUCUCUUAUCGAACGACAACCAUCUAUGACAAUCCCACCAUACUUCAGCGGUCCUUUCAGAACUGCCAAAGAACGUUAUCUGAGUACUAUAAAUGGUCGUCUGGAAGCCUUGAAGUCCCGGACUCUCGUCGAUCCUUCCAGAGAGGUACCAAACUAUCUCGCUCUGCUGGAAUUGAAAGAAUUGGUCGGAGAUGAUCUCGAGAUGGGAAGAGAUACGGGUUCUUUUUAUAUCAGACAUGCCGAUGAUCAUUGGGAUCAUACGAGGACCAAGGAAGGUGGCGAAGUAACAGGUAUAAUUGAUUGGGAGUGGGCAUACACCACGAAUAAAGCUGAAGCAUUCGCUUCACCAAUGCAUUUCUUACCUUCCGAAUUCUAUCAUGAGGGCAGUAACGAUGUUUUCUCUCCUCGGGAAUACGCACUCAUCGAAGCUUACCAAUCACUCGGACGAGAUGACUUGGCGGACUGUGUCAAGGUUGGAAGAAAGUAUCAACGAUUGAUCUACUUCUUAAAAUGUAUGUUCACCAAUGUUCUCGAGCUGAACGCCAUCAGGAAAGCGUUCUUGAAGAUUCCGGAUGAGGAUAUUGAUGAUUUUCCAAAGACGGAGGAAGAGUGGGUGGAGAAGAUGUCGAUAAAAUGGAGGGAUGAAAAGGGGUUGAGAGGUUUGGUUGAUAAUCCUGUAGAGGAGACCGUUUUACCUGAACGAAUUUGA